UGACAAUUGACGUUCGAUGUGUAUUACGUUUUAGGAUUUGUGUAAUGAAAAAUAAUAAAACAACAUUACAAAAUAAUAGUAAGAUACUAAGCAGAAGUAACUAGGAGCUGUUAAAAUAAAAUUCAAUAAGCUUAAUAGAUCUGUAGAAUGUUUAUAUAUUAAUAUUUUCAAUUUAUAUUAUAACCUAGAAUGGCCGGCAAUAUUUUUAGAAAUAUACUUAGGCCAAGAAUAUCUAACGUCUUGUUUAAAAGAUGGGAAAGUUCCGAAAAACGUGUUGCUAUUCGCGAUCCCUUUGCAGACAAACCGGAAAAAAAUAAAGAAUCAUAUUUACAAGUGAUAAAAAUGUUCGAGGGAAGGGAUCAAAGGCGACGAGGCCAUGUAGAAUUUAUUUAUGCAGCACUUGGACGUAUGAAGGAAUUUGGAGUUCACAAGGAUCUUGAAGUGUAUAAGGCACUUGUAGAAGUAUUGCCGAAGGGAAAGUUAAUCCCCCAGAACAUUUUUCAAUCAGAAUUUAUGCAUUAUCCAAAACAACAACAGUGUGCUGUAGAUUUAUUAGAGCAAAUGGAAAAUAAUGCUGUUAUGCCAGACACUGAAAUGGAACAGAUUUUAUUGAAUACAUUUGGACGUAGAGGCAUACCACUUAGAAAAUAUUGGAGAAUGAUGUAUUGGAUGCCUAAAUUCAAAAACCUUAGUCCAUGGUACUUACCAGAUAAAUUGCCUGAUGACACAUUGGAAUUGGCUAUGCUUGCUAUCCAAAGGAUUACUUCAGUUGAUUCUGAUACUAAGAUCAAUGUUUGGCAGACAGAAGAAAUAGAGGCCUCGCUUGACAAGACUUGGGUUGUAAGUGCACAAAGUAGCACUCAACAGGUGCUAUUAAGUGAGCAACCUUUAGAAGAACCUCUCGUUAUCAAAGGUCCAUAUACAGUAUACCUCCGGGAUCAGACUGUAACAUAUUUCACACUAUUGGGAAAGAUACGGCCUGAGCACCAUGAUGACACUGAUUUAGAUGAUGUAACCAAGAUAGGGAAACCUAUUGGAAUACCAGGUUAUAUUGGAAAAACAACAUUACCUUCUGUAAAAUGUACAGUUCAUGAACAAGAUGAUGGGACCAUCCUUGCUGUGUGUGCAACUGGUUCUUCGUCAAGAGAUUCAUUACUUUCUUGGAUAAGGCUAUUGGAGAAACACGACAACCCCAUUCUAGCUCGCAUACCAGUUAUAUUUACAUUAAUAGCCCCACCAAAAGACAUUGCUAUACAAGAGACGCAGCCUGCCAUCCAAGAUGAUGAUAUAGACAGAGCAGGAUAAUAGUUACAAAAUGUGUAGAUAAUUGUUAAAUACAUAUAGCUGAUGUUAA